GCUCGGGGGAGGGCACAGGCCCGGGAGGCCUCAGCCAAGGGCGCAACUGCGCGCGGCCGCCGCACGCGCGGUGUUGACCUGCGUCCUAGCAACAGGCGGGCGCCGACUGCGGCGGGGCAGGGCGCUGGCUGCAGUGAUUGUGCUAAGCAGGUCUGCGCACUGGCAGGUCCCAUGGGUUUGGCUCUGGCGAAAUUGGCGCAGUGGACCGCUGCUGGACAUGGAGCUGGAACCCUGGAAAUCACCCCUCUAAAUGAAGCGAUACUGAAAGAAAUUAUUACGUUUGUGGAGAGUUUUAUCUAUAAAUAUCCACAAGAGGCAAAAUUUGUUUUUGUGGAACCACUUGAGUGGAACACAAGUUUGGCACCUUCAGAAUUUGAAUCAGGUUAUGUUGUCAGUGAAACAACAGUCAAAUCAGAAGAAGUUGAUAAAAAUGGACAGCCUUUGCUAUUUCUCUCUGUACCACAAAUUAAAAUUAGGAGCUUUGGGCAGCUGUCACGCUUAUUAUUUAUUGCCAAAACUGCGAAGCUGAAGGAAGCACAAGCGUGUGUUGAAGCUAACAGAGACCCCAUAGUAAAAAUCCUGGGUUCUGAUUAUAAUACAAUGAAAGAAGACUCAAUUGCAUUAAAUAUUCUUGAUAAAAUUACCAGAGAUGAUGAUCCUGAACGUGAAAUUAAGAAGAAGAUUGCUAUGCUGCUUAAGCAGUUGGAUCGGCACCUCCUCAAUCAUUCCCUAAAACAUAUUUCAUUAGAAAUAAGUUUAAAUCCCAUGACGGUGAAGAAGGAUAUAGAACUGCUCAAACGUUUCUCAGGAAAAGGAGACCAAACAGUCUUGGAAUCUAUUGAAUAUACUUCAGAUUAUGAAUUUUCAAAUGGAUGUCGAGCCCCACCUUGGAGACAAAUUCAUGGGGAAAUGUGUUAUGUGCUGGUGAAACCUCACGAUGGUGAGACUUUGUGCGUUACUUGCAGUGCAGGAGGAGUAUUUUUAAAUGGUGGCAAAACAGAUGAUGAAGAGGACAUUAAUUAUGAGAGAAAAGGUUCCAUUUAUAAAGAUCUUGUCACAUUUUUAAGAGAAAAAUCACCACAAUUUUUAGAAAACAUGUCUAAACAGGGGAUUAGCUUCAAUGAAGAACAGCAAAAGGAAAAGGAUCCACUUAGCGAAGCCCCCAAGAAGGACGAAGCAGCUGCCUUCCACAAAGACAUUUCUGGUUCAGACAAGAGGUCACUGGAGAAGAACCAAAUUAAUUUCGGGAGGAAUCAAAUGACCAAGAGAUUAGAACCAAGCUUAAACUGGAAGACCACUGUUAAUUACAAACAGAGCAAAGGCUCAGUGAAAGAAAUCCAAGAGGACAAACACACAGGAAAACUUGAAAAAACAAGACUAUCUGUUUCACUCGGAAGAGCACAAUUACGUCGAAAGAGUGCUGAAAAGAUUGAGGAAAUCAUUAGUGACAGUUCCUCAGAAAGUGAGGAAGAUGAAGAACCACCUGACCAUCGUCAGGAAGCAAAUGCAGAUUUGCCAUCAGAAUAUUGGCAAAUUCAGAAGCUGGUGAAAUAUUUAAAGGGAGGAAAUCAGACAGCUACAGUGAUUGCGUUGUGUUCAAUGAGGGAUUUCAACUUAGCUCAAGAAACCUGCCAGUUGGCCAUCAGAGAUGUUGGAGGCCUGGAAGUGCUGAUAAAUUUGCUUGAAACUGAUGAAGUCAAAUGUAAGAUUGGUUCAUUAAAAAUACUGAAGGAAAUCAGUCAUAAUCCGCAAAUCAGACGUAAUAUUGUUGACCUUGGGGGCUUACCAAUUAUGGUGAAUAUACUUGAUUCUCCACACAAGAGUCUAAAGUGUUUGGCAGCUGAGACCAUCGCGAAUGUCGCCAAGUUUACAAGAGCACGGCGGGUGGUGAGGCAGUAUGGGGGGAUCACCAAACUGGUUGCUCUACUAGACUGUGCACAUGAUUCCACAGAACCCGCCCAGCUGAGCCUGUAUGAGGCCAGAGAUGUGGAAGUGGCUCGCUGCGGGGCACUGGCCCUGUGGAGCUGCAGUAAGAGUCAUGCGAAUAAAGAAGCCAUGCGCAAAGCGGGGGGCUUUCCUCUGCUGGCCCAGCUGCUGAAGACUCCUCAUGAAAACAUGCUAAUUCCAGUGGUGGGAACGUUGCAAGAAUGUGCAUCAGAGGAAAACUACCGGGCUGCAAUCAAAGCAGGAAGGAUCAUUGAAAGCCUUGUGAAGAACCUAAGUAGUCAGAACGAGCAGCUGCAGGAGCACUGCGCCAUGGCCAUUUACCAGUGUGCUGAAGAUGAGGAAACCCGAGACCUCGUUAGGCUGCAUGGAGGACUUAAACCCUUGGCCAGUCUACUCAAUAAGACUGACAAUAAAGAACGGUUAGCCGCUGUCACAGGGGCAAUAUGGAAAUGUUCCAUCAGCAAAGAGAAUGUGACCAAGUUUCGGGAAUAUAAAGCCAUUGAAACCUUGGUGGGACUUUUAACAGAUCAGCCUGAAGAAGUACUUGUGAAUGUGGUUGGGGCCUUGGGAGAAUGCUGCCAAGAACUUGAAAACCGAGUCAUUAUCCGGAAAUGUGGUGGCAUUCAACCACUUGUGAACCUCCUUGUUGGAAUAAACCAAGCUCUUCUUGUGAAUGUUACAAAAGUGGUUGGUGCUUGUGCAGUAGAACCUGAAAGUAUGAUGAUAAUUGAUCGCUUAGAUGGAGUUCGUUUGUUGUGGUCCCUGCUGAAAAAUCCUCACCCAGACGUGAAGGCCAGUGCAGCGUGGGCGCUUUGUCCAUGCAUCGAAAAUGCCAAGGGAAAGACAAGCUCCUGAAGAAGAUCUCUGCUUGAUCACAUCUCUCAUUAAGAACUUCCCUCUCUCCUGUGCAUUUAUCAUUGAGGCAACGUGAACUUUUGAGAAAUCUUCAACAAGGAAGUGACGUGAGCCACAUGACUAAUUAGAAAAUUAACCAUCUAACCUGUAAUCCCAGCACUUUGGGAGGCCGAGGGUGGGUGAAUCAUAAGGUCAAGAGAUCGAGACCAUCCUGAUCAACAUGGUGAAACCCCGUCUCUACCAAAAAUACAAAAAUUAGCUGGGCGUGGUGGUGCGUGCCUGUAAUCCCAGCUGCUCAGGAGGCUAAGGCAGGAGAAUUGCCUGAACCCAGGAGGCGGAAGUUGCAGUAAGCCGAGAUCGCGCCAUUGCACUCCAGCCUGGGUAACAAGAGCUAAACUCCCUCUCAAAAAAAAAAAAAGAAAAAAAAAAGUUAGCCAUAUAACAGUGGGUGGCAAAUUCGGCUAUUACAGUAGUUCAGAUGAAAAUGAUUAAAAUUUGACCUAAUACCAUGGCAGUGUAGACGGAGAGAAGAGAGAAUAUAAGAAACAAUUGAAAAGUAGAAUCAGGAAUUGGUGAGUGAUUGGAUGUUUGAAUUUUGGGUUUCUUUUUUCUUUAACAUUGACAGCUAGGAACAUGAUAGAAUUUUUACCAAACAUGGGAAUAACAUGGUCUGGAGAAAAGAUGGUGGAGUUGCCCUCAUCCAGGUAGAGAUGUUCAGUCAUUUGAAUACAUGAAUCUGGAUGUCAGGAGAGAAUUCUGGAUGGAGAUAUAAGUUUAGGGCUUGUCAGUCUGCAGGAGGUAGUGGAGGUCUGAGAGUAAAUGGAAGGGAGAGGGAGCGGAGUGAGAGGAGACCCCCAAUGACAGAGUGAAGUAAAGGAGGAAGGAGAGCAGGUGGGGAGGGAAAACCAAGGGAACUUGAUUACAAAAAAGCCAAGAAAGGAGAGAAAUCAAGGGAGAGGGAGAAUAUUCAACAGUAUUAUUUACCCCUAAAAGGAAAAUUUCCAUUGAAAAGUGAAGAGUACAUUAAAUACAGAAAUUAGUUGUUCAUGGUGAUAGCCAUUUCCACUGAGGGAUGAGAGUUUAAGCUGGAUGGCACUGGAGUGAGAAAUGAAUUGAGGGGUGGAAGUAGAGAAAGGUUUACUUAGAAGCUCAGCUAUUAAGAGAAGGAGGCUAUCAUGAAAUCCAGAAGGUAGCUUAAGUUUAGGAAAUGAUAAAUAUGGAAGAGGUAUGUGUAUGUGAUUGUGUGUGUAGGUAUGUAUAUCUCUAUAUCUCUAUACCUAGAUCUAUCUAGAGAGAGUGUGCACACACAAGCACAGAUGGAGAAAAAAAGUCAGUCAUGGCUCUCACUGUUCCUUAAUCCCUUAAGCACAUUGCUCUUAGUACUGUAAAAGAUUUCUAGAGUGCUAAAUAAAAGGAUGGUUCUAGAAUGCAUAAUUCCUGAGGGUGAGUCCAGAAAGAACAAAACCAGAAGAACAAGAAUAGAAAGGAAUACUGAAAGAGGCACCUCUUUAUUUCAUCCAGUCAAAAAAACACACAGCCUGCUUGUCUAUCUAUCUAUCUUUCAAUCAAUCAUCCAUCUAUUACCUAUCAAUCUAUGUCUUUGAAUUUGAAUAUUACCUACCCACUGAUAUCUUUGAAUUUGAAUCCAGAAGUGAGAAACUUGUCAAAGGUAUCCUGAUUAAUACCUGGAUAUAAAUUUUUAAAAGUCAAAGUUGGAUUUUUUCUAGCAGAUUACUAAUUUGACUGAUUAUUUUAACAAUGAGCACUGGCUUUUCUGAGUAGGUAUUAAGAAAGACAUUUCCAUAUAUUGAAUUAACUAAAUAUGCAGGGUCAAAACAUUGUUGAUAUGUUUAAUAUCAGAAAGUAAAUCUUUGAGGCUAAAUUUAUGAUGAACAUUUUUAGAUGCCAAUUCAAAAUAGGCAAAGAAGAUACACAGCUUUUCAAAAAGUGCAUUGGGAUAUGUGAGCAAAAUGUUAAAGACACUUGUCUAGUAAAUGCUUGAAAUGAGAGCGAGGGAAAUUUAAAUCAUCCUUCCUUAAGAAAGUGGCCUGAUUUGCAAGGCUCUUUAUUGUUAAAAAAAAUCCUGUUUUUCAGGGUCAGAAGCUGAUAUUAUAUUCGUCUCCCACCUUGCAUCCUUUCACAACAAAUCUCAUUCUUUCAAGGCAGAGGGUACUUCAGGAGUAGAAUAUGAUGGAGAUCAUGUGCUCAGAAAGGCAAGAGGAAAGAAAGCACAUUUAUGAUGUUUAAGAAUAGUAUCUCAUUAUUUACACAGAUCCCAGUCAAACCAUGGUCAGGGCAACUCUUUCUAAUAGCACUUUGCAUGAUGAUGAAAAGGUAUUAUUUAGAUAUGGCAACGACUACCCACAUAUGGCUACUCAGUGCUUGAAAUGUGACUAGUAGGGCCAAAGAACUGAAUUUUUAUAUUCAGUUUUAAUUAAAGUUUAGGCCAGGUGUGGUGGCUCACACCUGUACUCCCAGCACUUUGGGAGACCGAGGCAAGUAGAUAGCUUGAAGCCAGGAGUUCAAGACCAGCCUGGCCAACAUGGCAAAACCCUAUCUCUGCAAAAUACAAAAAUUAUCCAGGAAUGGUGGUGCACACCUGUAAUCCCAGCUACUUGGGAGGCUGAGGCACGAGAAUCAUUUGAACCCAGGAGGCUGCAGUUGUAGCGAGCCAAGAUUGCCCCACUCACUGGAGACAGAGAGAGACUCAGUCUCAAAUAAAAAAUAAAAAUUAAAAAAAGUUUAAAUAGUUACAUGUGCUUAGUGGCUAGUGCCCAGGUCUGAGAAAUGCAAGUAAUAGAGAGUUGUUUUUGUAAGGCAUCUGCUACGAAAAAUUGUAAGCCUCAAGAAUUAAAUGAGUUUGUGUAUGCUUACAUGUUCAUUAUGUAAGUUUUAGAAACUAAAGAAAACCAAAGAAAAAUCACUAUAAUUUCAGCACUUUGGGAUAACUGCUAUUAAGAGCCAAAAGUUGUUUUUCUCCUCCUCCUCCUCCUCCUUCUUCCUACCAAUGACUAGUGAGUCUCUAAUUCUCUCUAUAUUGUCUUUCCAUGUCCCUGUCUAGUUUUCUUUGGCUAUAUGGUAUUAUAUUGUAUGGAUAUAUCAUAAUUUAUUUAUGCAAUUAAGUUUCCAGUGUUAAGGAACAAUGAGGUUGACUGAAACAAAAAUUUCAUUCAAAGCUGGGCAAAGUGGCUCAUAACUGUGAUCCCAGCACUAGGGAGGCCAAGCAGGGAAGAUCGCCUUAGCUCAGGAUUUUGAGGUCAGCUGGGGGAUCAUAUGAAGACCCCUUCUCUACCACAAUUUUUUUUUUUUUUUGAGAUGGAGUUUUGCUCUUGUUACCCAGGCUGGAGUGCAAUGGCACAAUCUUGGCUCACCGCAACCUCCAACUCCUUGUUGUUCAGGCAAUUCUCCCGCCUCAGCCUCCCGAGUAGCUGGGAUUACAGGCACUCGCCACCAGGGCCAGCUAAUUUUUUGUAUUUUUAGUAGAGACGGGAUUUCACCACGUUGACCAGGAUGGUCUCGAUCUCUUGACCUCGUGAUCCACCUGCCUCGGCCUCCCAAAGUGCUGGGAUUACAGGCUUGAGCCACCGCGUCCGGCCGGUUUUUUUUAAAAAAUGUGCAUGCCUGUAGUUCCAGCUACUCUGGAAACUGAGGUGGGAGGAUUGCUUGAGCCUGGGAGGUUGAGGCUGCAAUGAGCCGUGAUUGCACCACCACACUCUAGCCUGGGCAACAGAGCAAGACCCUGUCUCAAAAUAAAUUUAUUUAAGCCUUUCUAAAAUGUUCUUUCACAUAGGGAGAGAAAAUAGUUACCUCUAACCCUUUGGUAGAAAUUUUAGCAUAGCUCCCCAAGGAUUUAUUUUAUCAGUAACAUUAUAUCAUAGGUUAAUUAGUGGUGAUUUUCUUGGUGGUACAUGAAAUAAUAGUUUAUUUUACAACCAACUGCCUUUUGGAUUAGUGAAAAAUAAUAUGGCCAAAGAUACAUGUAAAUGUAUGUCCUUGGAGGUUACGUGUACUUGGAAUUUUUUAAUGGCCUUGUCUUUAUAUUCCCAUCCAAAACGUUUCCCACUUGGUUAUAUUAAAUUUAGCAUUUUCAAUGAAUAUUUUGUAUGUUCUAUUAUUUUUAGAUACAUUAAAAUUGUUUUCUAAUAAGUCUGUUUGUUUGUUUAUACAUGUAUUUCUUAGAGACAGGGUCUCACUCUGUGGCCCAGACUGGAGCACAGUGGCAUAUUUGCUCACUGCAGUGUCAGUUUCCUAGGCUCAAGCAGUCCUACUGCCCCAGCCUCCAGCGUGGUUAGGACUGCAGGCCUGAGCUACCAUGCCUGCCUAAUUUUUUCAGAUCAAUAUAGGGUCUUGCUCUGUUGCCCCAGAUGGUCUCAAACUCCUGGCUCUGGGUGAUACUCCCACCUUGGCCUCCAAAAGCAUUGGGAUUACAGGCCUGGGCCACCAUACCUAGCCUUCUAAUAAGGUUAUAAAUUCUGAGGGAGAGUAGGGAUGGGAAAUGUUUUUUGAAUAUCUUGGAGCAUCCAACUUGCAAUAAAACAGUGGAACUAGAAGACGAGAUCAUACCUAAUAAUAUAGUCCUUUCUUUCUCCCCGUCACUGCCCCUUUCCUAUUUAGGUAAGUUAAUGACUCAGCUAUCUAGGAAGGAAUUGCCUUUUAUUUUGUACGGAAGCAUUUCUACAUUGUUUUUGCAUACAAUGCUUUUGCAAGUAACUUUAAACUUGUUAACUUAUGAGUCAUAGGAUUUGGCAUCAUUUUGAAAUAAAUAACAUCUUUGUUUGGAUUAAUGGCACUGACGGUAAUGCUGCAGGAACCAGCCAUUGUUAAUUUUAGCUGAGAGCCACAUGAAAGGGAAGAAAGCACCAGCUAUGCCUUUAGAUAAAUUACUGCUACUUCAGAGCCCCUGCCACGUCUAUCAGGCAUCAUGAAACCUGAGUACGCCAUGUAUAUAUGUGUCCAUGUGGUGUGGACACGGUGAAAUGUCAACUCUUCAAAAACAGAUGUUAUCCAUUUUUUAUAUUGUUAUCAUACACAUUAGGACACAUUUUCAGAUGUAUCUCUUAAAAAAAAAGGAUUGUGAAAAUUGCUUCUAAUGAAUGUGGUACAUCUUUUCUUUUUUCUUUUUUUGAGACAGAGUCUGGCUCUGUUGCCCAGGCUGGAGUGUAGUAACUAGAUCUUGGCUUACUGAAAUUUCCACCUCCCAGGUUCAAGUGAUUCUCCUGCCUCAGCCUCCCAAGUAGCUGUGAUUACUGGCAUGUGCCACCACACCUGGCUAAUUCUUGUAUAUUUAGUGAAGAUGGGGUUUUGCCAUGUUGGUCAGGCUGGUCUCGAACUCCUGACCCGAAGUGAUCUGCCCGUCUCGGCCUCCCAAAGUGCUGGGAUUCCAGGCGUGAGUUGCCACACUCAGCCCUAGUAUGUCUUUUCUUUCUGGGAAACAUUUAAAGCUACCUACCAGUGAUGGAGCUAGGUAACCAAGUAGCAGAAUCGAAGACUUCAGUAAUGAAUUAUGUGAUAAUUGAGAGAAAUAAAUAUUCACAAGUUGGCAUUGCCUUUGCACUGAAAUUAUUUUUUUAUUAAAUGCAUAAAACAAAUGAACUGUAGGAUUUUUAUAAGAAGAAAUAUUGACCUUUUUGGUAGUAGACUAGUGUUUCAGUUUAAAAAGUUUAAAACUUGACUUCAUUUUGGAGAAAGUAAGUAUGUAAUGGUCAUUGAUAGCUUAUUGUUGAUAAAUAAAAUGUCCUAGUUGAAACAGAUAUGUUUUUCCAGCUUAAAAAUUAUCUGUCCAUUCAUUAUCUGAUUGGAAAAUCGGAGUGUGAAAUGUGAGUCCGUUUUAUGAUCUUUAUAAAACUCAAAAGAAUUUAAGACAGAAAAUAAGCAUCUUCCCUUAGAAAGCCACACAAUCUUUUUUAGUCUAUCAAGAACCCAAGAACAAAAGGUCAAAGUAAAGUGAACUAAUCAUAAAAAAUGAUCUGCAUAUUUUUAAGAAGUUUUAUUUGAACAUUUACCAGUUGUUUUCUGUAUUAAGGUCUAAGAAAAGUUCUUUUUCCCUAUUAAGAUUGUUAAAAAGGACAGAGAUCCUAAGAUUCAACCUCUGUAGUGAUGUUAUGUAGUAAAUUUCAAGAGCUGUAAGUGUAGUUGCAGACGAAUAACUUCUUUGUGAAAAAUGUGAGAGAUUUGUAAAUGGAAGUGAAAAGCUGUUUCUUUCAAGCCAAAUGAUCAAACACAUUUUUGGAGAAAAAGAGUGGUUGAACAGGUGUUCAGUAUUAUGAAGUCGUGAUGUAAAGAAUGCAUCCGAAUCUGGUAAAAAUUCACGUAUUAAAUUCUUUGUUCUUAAGAAGCAAAACUCUCCGCUGCAGAAAGUAAACUCAAAUUUGUGCUUUGUGAAGAUACUGAAAAAUAUAAAAAUUUAUAUAAAGAUGUAAUUGUCUCAUAUCACACAAUUGUUUUCAUGCCUUUUGCUAACAUUUGUAAGAAUCAUUUUUUUCUUAAACUAUCACUGCAUUUGUAAUAUUAUU